GUUCUCUACCCUAAAGCCUUUCUCCCAGCCAACAAAGCUGCCCCACAUUCAUUUUUGAACUUUGAGUUCGUUUCUAAAGCGCUUCUCUCCGCAGAAGUACCCUUUUUUCGCCAUCCCUCCCUGUUCACCUCCAGUCGCAAGGACGAAUUUUCUUGACGUCGUGUACUGCCGGUAUUUUCUGUGCUUCAUCUUUAUCUCUGUAAUAUGGCCCGCCCAGCUCCUCGUCUGCACAGGUUGCCGCCACAUCGUCGGGACUACACCUUGAUCCCGGCCCCACUCGACCUCUCCCUUCCCCUCGCUUCAGAAAAAUCGCCUCUUCCCGCGAUAAUAGUGACACCCUCUUCCCCGUCCUCCACACGCGACUUUUCCAUCGCUUUCCUUGCGCCCCCUCAAAAACCAUCCAUCAAAGACCGCUUCCUCUCAUCCUUACCAUUUCAAUCAACAUCUUCGUCGUCCAUCCACUUUAAAACCCGUUCAACGAUCAUCAUCCUCCUCCUCUUUUUCAUCCUCCUCUGCCACGUCGCCACGCACAGACUCGCGUCAAGAAGUAGGCCCCACUUGGACUUUGCGGUUCAGACUGGCGCCACUGCGCAUGUUGUUGGUGUCCCGAAGGGCUGGUUCAACUUUCGUGCGCUUUUUGGGGAGGAUGGGCCUGGGGAUCAGGUGCCGCGUGAUUUUAUCGUCACGGAACUGGGGGCGAGGUGACUUGCCAAUGUUGAGUAUUUAAUGGUGGAUAACCCACCUGUGGAUGUUUUACUGACAUUAUGAUUAACUUAUUGAUUUUAUGGAUGGGGUGAGUUCAUUGUGGACGUUUCGAGAUGUGUUUAUGUUGUUUUUGGGACGCUUUGAAUGCAUUGUUGUUUCCACUUC